AUUACGCCGUAAAGUGUUAUUUAGGUCGAGGUCAAACCAAGCUGACGGCCAGCAAUAAAGUGAAGUCGAUUAGCAAUUUAGUUUGGUAUGUUAUCCUCGCUGUGUCGCUGUACCCGUAGCUAACAGGCGUAGUUGGCUCUACAAUGUAGCUAAGCUGUGACAGUUAGCAUGAAAUGCGACCAGAUAACUCGUAAGCUUAGAUUAUGUGUUGGCACGAAUGAAGAGAUCUGAAAACAUACCAACACUCUCACGUUAGCUGCUGCAUUUUUAAUUCAAUGUCGUGUGUUAGCAGAAAGGUGAACCACGAAGGGUUAUUUUUUCUGUGCAUGGACGGAAAGCCAAUGCGCAGGGGUACCAGUGCACGCCCAGAUAACACCGGAAUGGACAUCACCAGCCGCUGCACCCUUGGUGACCCCAACAAACUUCCAGAGGGGGUCCCCCAGCCUGCGCGGAUGCCCUAUGUGUCCGACAAGCACCCCCGUCAGACACUGGAGGUCAUCAACCUGCUACGCAAGCACCGGGAGCUAUGCGAUGUCGUGCUGGUGGUUGGAGCCAAGAAGAUCUACGCGCACCGGGUCAUCCUGUCGGCCUGCAGCCCCUACUUCCGGGCCAUGUUCACAGGGGAGCUGGCGGAGAGCAGGCAGACGGAGGUGGUGAUCCGAGACAUCGACGAACGCGCCAUGGAGCUGCUCAUUGAUUUUGCUUACACCUCACAGGUGACGGUGGAGGAGGGCAACGUUCAGACCCUGUUGCCUGCUGCUUGUCUGCUGCAGCUGGCCGAGAUCCAGGAGGCAUGCUGCGAGUUUCUGAAACGGCAACUGGACCCCUCUAACUGCCUCGGUAUCCGCGCCUUCGCCGACACACACUCCUGCCGCGAGCUGCUGCGCAUCGCCGACAAGUUCACCCAGCACAACUUCCAAGAGGUCAUGGAGAGUGAAGAGUUCAUGUUACUGCCAGCCAAUCAGCUCAUAGACAUCAUCUCCAGUGAUGAGCUGAAUGUUCGGAGUGAGGAGCAGGUGUUCAAUGCGGUGAUGGCCUGGGUCAAAUACAGCAUCCAGGAGCGUCGACCUCAGCUGCCACAGGUACUCCAGCAUGUUCGUCUUCCACUCCUCAGUCCAAAGUUCCUGGUGGGCACUGUGGGGUCAGACCCCCUCAUUAAGAGUGAUGAGGAGUGCAGAGAUCUGGUGGAUGAAGCCAAGAACUACCUCCUCCUGCCUCAAGAGCGCCCCCUCAUGCAAGGCCCUCGUACUCGGCCCCGCAAACCCAUCCGCUGUGGAGAGGUGCUGUUUGCAGUGGGGGGCUGGUGCAGCGGUGAUGCCAUCUCCAGCGUGGAGCGCUACGACCCACAGACCAACGAGUGGCGCAUGGUGGCGUCCAUGAGCAAGCGCCGCUGUGGGGUCGGGGUCAGUGUGCUGGACGACCUCCUCUAUGCAGUCGGCGGCCAUGACGGUUCCUCAUACCUAAACAGUGUGGAGAGGUAUGACCCCAAGACCAACCAGUGGAGUAGCGAUGUGGCCCCCACAAGUACUUGCAGAACCAGUGUAGGCGUAGCUGUGCUGGGAGGCUACUUGUAUGCUGUUGGAGGUCAAGAUGGAGUUUCUUGUCUCAAUAUAGUGGAGAGGUAUGACCCCAAGGAGAAUAAGUGGACACGAGUGGCUUCCAUGAGCACCCGGCGGCUAGGCGUGGCUGUUGCUGUGCUCGGGGGAUUUCUGUACGCAGUGGGGGGGUCAGACGGAACGUCCCCUCUCAAUACAGUGGAGCGCUAUAACCCCCAGGAGAACAGAUGGCACACGGUGGCGCCGAUGGGUACCAGGCGGAAGCACCUAGGCUGUGCUGUGUACCAGGACAUGAUCUACUCCGUGGGCGGACGGGACGACACCACAGAACUGAGCAGCGCGGAGCGAUACAACCCCAGAACCAAUCAGUGGUCUCCCGUGGUUGCCAUGACGUCUCGAAGAAGUGGGGUGGGUCUAGCAGUUGUAAAUGGGCAGUUAAUGGCCGUCGGUGGCUUUGAUGGCACGACAUACCUGAAAACAAUAGAGGUGUAUGAUCCUGAUGCCAAUACAUGGAGGCUUUACGGCGGAAUGAAUUACCGAAGACUAGGAGGAGGAGUCGGUGUUAUCAAAAUGACUCACUGUGAAUCCCAUAUAUGGUAACACUCCCACGCCCACUACACUGGUGCCUCACCAUAGCUUGUGCCUCAGACAUUGUGCAUCAUGCAAAAGAAUACGACUCUCAAGACUGUAAACGCAUCUCUGGCCGUUCCAAUGGCAAGCCAAGGAGUCCCUUCCCCCUCGCCAUGCGACUCGUCCUGUUUUAGCUGCUCAUUGAGAGCGCAUCCGGCCCCAUCCUUCGCUCCUGUACACAUCAGUCUACACCAGCUCGAGGCCUCCUGAAAAGGACCAGUGGUAUGCAAGCUGAGGUUGUCAUUGUCCAGCCGUCUUCACAGCGAUUCCGGUGAACAUUUGUUGCUGUUCCAAGGACAUGGGAAAACUUCUGAGAGGAUAACGGUCAGACUCUCUCAGAAGGCAGUCUCGCCUGCUUCUCUGUGCGGCUCAAAUUGAAAAGGGACCUUGUGGCCAAUUCUUGCUGAAGUGACAGUGGAGAGGCUUGUGAGACGGUGAUGUCACUCUGUCCCCAGGCCUCACAAAUAAGCUACUCCUUCAGUCAUUUUAAAAUUCAUCUGAGUUGGAUGCACUGUGACUGGUUAUUAUAGCCGCAUCUUUUCCUAGACAAGUGAGACAUUCAGAUUCAGUGACCUGUAGAUUGCAGUUCUGGUACCAUGGUGAUCACCAAACAUUGCUAAAUUGAAUGUGCAACCCUUGCAGUUGAAAAUUUGCAAUUUAAAGGCUGUGCAAAAGUAAGUUAUACUGUUGGUGAAUAUUUUUAGAAACAUCAGUUAGACAUACACAAUCACUCUUGUUUACUUUUAUAUGAAAGGACACCUAAAUUAAUUGGACCAUGCACUUUAACCCCUUUUGUUGUUUUGUUUUGAAGGUAUAGACAUGUUAGAAAUAUAUAUGGGGAAAUGAAUCAGUGGAUGACAUGUAUUUCAUCUUCACUUACUGGGCCUGCCAGAUACUCUGUGAUAUUGGCCCAUGUUACUGAGGGUUUCUUCUUAAUAUGUUGUCAUACAUGCAUUAAACUCAGUUUCCAUUUUAUCAUUUGCACAUGUCACCGAUGUUUUAGGGUAUUAAGUGUUGAUGAACAAUGAAUAUGCAUUUGGCUUAUUAAAGACUUGCAAUGUGUGUUCCAUCUA